CUCCCGCUUUCUUCUUUUUCCCUCCCUCCGAGAAAUCAAAUCAAUGCUUCACAGCCGACCAACACAACAACCCAAUCUCCCAUUUCGAAUCCCAAAACCCCAUCAAACCCGAACCCCAUCCCAAUCCCACUCUCAACUCCAUUUUGACGUCUCAUUGCCAAAACAUCAAAUUCCUCCAUGGCUGUCUCUGGUUUCGACCUUGCGUUCUCUCGCCCAAGACCCGCCUCAAGUCUCAUCCUACGCAGCCAUUUUCCAGUCCCUGACCGGAAAAAACUUGCUCCGACUAGGCCGCCAGGUCCACUCCCACAUGUCUCUCCGCGCGCUCGAGCCCGACGCCUUCCUCGGCGCCAAGAUGAUCGCCAUGUACGCCAGCGCAGGCGAUCUCCGCUCCGCCGUUGCUGUUUUUCGUCGCAUUAAAUACCCUUCUGCGCUUUUGUGUAAUUCGAUCAUUCGGGCUUAUUCCUGGCAUUGGUUUCCAAAGAAAACUAUUGGAGUUUACUUUCGGAUGCGUUCUUUAGGCCUCAAGGCCGAUCAUUUUACUUACCCUUUUGUGUUAAAGUCUUGUGCCGAUUUGUCGGAUGUUAGGAUGGGGAGGUACGCUCACGGGUUGAGUUUGAGAACUGGGUUUGAGGAGGAUUUUUACGUUGGGACUUCUUUGAUAAAUAUGUAUGUCAAGUGUGGUGGAAUAGGCGAUGCACGUAAGAUGUUCGAUGUAAUGACUGUGAGAGAUAUUUCGUCUUGGAAUGCCCUCAUUGCGGGGUAUAUGAAAAUCGGAGAGAUUCGUCUUGCUGAGGAUUUGUUUGGAAGGAUGGUGCGUAGGAAUAUUGUUUCUUGGACUGCCAUGAUUUCGGGAUACGCUCAGAAUGGGCUUGCGGGGCAAGCGUUGGUUUUGUUUGAUAAAAUGUUGGAAGACGAUUCGGGGAUAAAGCCCACUUGGGUAACUAUAAUGAGUGUUCUACCCGCUUGUGCGCAUUCUGCUGCACUUGAGCGUGGGAGGGAGAUCCACAAGUUGGCGAGUAGGAUUGGUUUGGACUCUGAUGUCUCUGUGCAGAGUGCUCUCAUUGCGAUGUAUGCUAGGUGCGGGAGUCUUGCUGAGGCUUGUCAAUGUUUCGAUAGGAUACAUCAACAUAAGAAGGAUUUGGUCGUUUGGAAUACCAUGAUCUCUGCUUAUGCUUCCCAUGGACGUGGAUUAGAAUCCGUGUCCACCUUUGAGGACAUGAUCAGGGCCAGAAUUCAACCAGAUAUUAUCUCAUUUACGGGGUUGUUAUCGGGAUGUAGCCAUUCUGGUCUUGUUGAUCUUGGCAUAAAGUACUUCAAUCGCAUGAAGACAAUGUACAAUGUAGAACCAGAAGUUCAGCAUUGUGCUUGUGUCGUUGAUCUUCUGGGCCGAGCAGGGAGAUUAGUAGAAGCAAAAGAGCUUAUCGACAAAAUGCCAAUGCAAGCAGGAGCAAGCGCAUGGGGUGCUCUAUUAGCUGCUUGCAGGAAACACCGCAAUUUAGAACUUGCCGAGGUUGCAGCCAAAAAGCUGUUUGUUUUAGAACCAUAUAGCAGUGCCAACUAUGUCCAUCUCUCAAACAUGUAUGCUGAGGCUGGCAUGUGGAAAGAAGUGGCCAACCUGAGAGAUCUUCUAAAAUAUCGAGGCAUAAGGAAGACUCCCGGGUGUAGUUGGAUCGAGGUCAACGGGAAAGCUCAUAUGUUUCUUGGUGGAGAUACUUCUCACCCUCAAACUAGAGAAAUCUAUAUGUUCUUGGAAUCGUUGCCUGAGAAGAUGAAGCAAGCUGGUUAUGUACCCGACACGAGUCCUGUUUUGCAUGAUCUUAGUGAAGAGGAGAAAGAACAUAACCUUACCAGCCACAGUGAAAAGCUUGCCAUUGCUUUUGGACUCCUAAAUACUAGUCCUAGUACCAUUAUUCGUGUGACGAAGAAUCUUCGUAUCUGUGUUGACUGUCACACAGCCACCAAAUUCAUAUCGAAAAUCUUUCGACGUGAGAUAAUUGUCAGAGACCUGAACCGGUUCCACCACUUUACAGAUGGCUCCUGUUCUUGUGGAGAUUAUUGGUGAUCAACAUGUUGGGGGAAAGGAAAUGGAAAGUUUGUAAUAUUAUUGGGAUUACAUUUCUCUACUAUCAUUAUACCAUAACCAUGAUUCAUAUCUUCGACGGCGAUGCGAGAUUCAGCUACAUUACAUUAGUUUUGCCACAGGGAAGAGACGAAGACAACUGAGCAAACGUUUGUGAAACUUGGGACUGACUUGUAAAAUCUGUGCAAAGGGCACAAAUAUUGCCCUUUUUCUAAUUAUGGAAUUGAUGGAAGCUCACUUAACUAACAGUUUGUUUGGGCUGUCUAAUAUUAUUUCUCUAGUCACCUCAUCUCAGGAUGACUUGAACAGUUGAACCCCCAUCUUCAUAAAAUGGCAGAGAUGGAAGAUAGAUGUGUUGU